AUGAACGGGUCAGCUUAUCAGCCACAAUCUACAUACCAGCCGUCCUGCAGUACCCCUGCGAACGCCACCAGUGGCCAUGCUGUGAACGGAGACCACAAUGGGAGUGGAUCCCAUGGUGCAUUGUCGGAGGGACUUCCGAGGGUGAACGACACGUACGCACCUUCUGCGGCAGCAUACAUAUCUGCGGCUUUCCAAGAGACAAGCAAGUCAGAAGCCCCGCACGCAGACACCACGGCCACCCACACCUUCCUGUCAGAAAUUCCGGAAUCCGAGGAUCCUGAAGAGCAGGUCCUUUCGACGUCUCGCGAUCCAGCACCGGAAGAUGCUACACCGCAUGGUCCUUCGCAGCACUUUUCGCAAGAGCUCUCCAACUCUGUAGAACACGCAUUGCCUCCAUCAUUUCAAGACUCUCCUUCCUCUGCUCAACCCUCAUGGACAAAUCAUGCUUCGGGCUCUUCCUCACCUGACAAGACGUUCUCACCCCCUCGAUCAUCGAGCACUGCUCCUCACUUCACAUCACAGGCAUCUUCCUUGGCAUAUGAUCCUUACGCUCCUCCGCCGAAGUCGGAGAGGGCGCAGUCUCCAGGUGCUUCCUCCAUACGCUCUGUGGCAAGCGGCCAUGUCCAAGGCUACCAACCUCCACCCCGGAGGGAUUCCGUUGCCAACACCUCGCCUGUCAUGGCGAGGCCUCUUUCUAGUCAGUCGCGGAGGUCGACAUACUCAAGUCCUUACGAGACGCAAGCUGUGGCUGAUCUCAAGCGCGCCGCCUCACCUGCGGGAUCCAUUGCCUCAAAGCACAGCACGUACGACCCGUACUCACCGUUAAUCAAGCCCAACGGUCCGUCGAUGGCGCGUGACCGUGCGAUGUCGAACGGUUCCAUGUAUUCCACGUCCUCUGUAGAUCCGUAUGCGCCUUCCCGCCAUCCUACUCGGCAGUCAAGCGAGCACAUAUACGGCAGCUUCGCAGUGCCCACGCAGUCAGCCCCUGUGCCAACCUACGAUCGGGCGGGGGCACAGGUCGUCACGCUUGCUACCCCUGUGCACUCGUCCGCUUAUGCGCCCUCGCCGUCGCUCUUGGGCACCAACGACCCUCUCGGUAGGACAUCUGCCCGCGUUCCGGUCAUUAGCUUCGGCUUCGGCGGGAAGAUCGUGACAUGUUUCCACGGAGCGAACAUGAAUACCGGCUUCGACGUCGCGCUCUCCUCCCGCCAAUCCACGGAUAUCAAGAUUCACACUCUGGGCAAAAUCAUCCCGGAGUCCGUCAUGGACGUGUCUGUUACAUCGUACCCUGGACCACUGUUUUCGGACCCUGGGACCCCGAAUGCCACGAGUCUGGUGCGCACAGGCGCACAAGCUCAGAAGGCCAAGAAGCUCAAGGUUGCGAAGUACCUGGAGGAACGGGCUGACGAGAUGGCUGCCGGGCUGGGGUACCACUCGCCGGGUACGGUGGAAAGGAGUCGAGCCGAGGCAAAGCGCAUCAUGGUGUUAUUGCUGAAGGUCAUGGUUGACAACGAUGGUCGUUUGUCGGGGAGUGACCAAAUCGAUGCUGCGGUUCGUGCUGCUCUGGCGCCAUCGGAUGGCAUAACAUCGGACUCCGCGUCUGGCAGCUCCACGAUGAUCCCAGCAACGUCCACUGAGAUCUUGUCGAAUGCUUACUCCAUGAGCUCCGCUCUUCCGAACACCCAGAACCAGACUGUCGUGAAAACUGUUGUUCGGUCGUCACAUUUGGACAAGAUACAGGACUUGCUGGCUCGAGGAGACCGCCGAGGAGCAUGCCACUACGCUGCUGAUGAGAAGCUCUGGUCACAUGCUCUCCUCAUCGCCAGUAGUAUCGACAAGGAGUGCUGGAAAGAGGUUGUAACGGAAUGGAUUCGCGCGGAGCUGGUCUCGGAGCCCGGCCAGGGAGAAACAACCACGGUGCCGAGAGAGCCACUGCGAGUCGCAUAUAGCUUGUUUGGUGGGAACGGUGCUGCUGCAGUCCAAGAGCUGGUACAUCCCAAGUCGCUGCUGCUGCAAGCUGGGAGCAACAGUAAUCUGCAAAUACCUCAACCCCCCACGACUGUCACGCCCUUGACGCCGAACUUCCCGACCAUUCAGCCACUGAAUAUUGCGCCUGAGGUACUCGCCCCAUGGGCGAAGACGGCAGCAAUGAUCAUGUCCAAUCCAAUGACUUCUGAGUCGUCUGCGGCCCUUACUGCAUUGGGCGAUCAAAUGCUCGCUCACCAGUGGACAGAGGCAGCGCAUAUAUGCUACAUGCUUUCUCCGCAGACUUCUCCCCUUGCUGGUCUUGGAAGCACCCCACGGUUGACACUGCUGGGAAGUCCUGCUCCCACAAGCCUUCCGCUAUUCUACAGAGAUUCGGACCACAUAGUGUUCUCGGAGAUCCUCGAGUUCGCGAUGUCUUUGGCCGCCCCGACGAAGGGAAUGGAGCAGUUUAUCGGGUUCCCUCACUUGCAACCGUACCGGCUCAUUCGUGCGAACAAUCUUGCGGAGCUCGGACAUGUCCAGUUGGCGAACAGGUAUUGUGAAGCCAUCACGGCCUGCAUUAACCGCGGCACACCCUCAAUCAACAUCACUUUCCUCGAGCAACUGAAGGGCUUAUCAGACCGCCUUACUGCAACACCGCAGAUCGAGAGGAAUGGCGCCUGGAUAGGUGGCAAGCUCGCCAAGCCCAGCUUGGAUGGUAUCGGUAACUGGCUCGAAGGUCGCUUCACCAAGUUCAUUGCCGGCGAGGGCGACUCACCUCUACCAGAGGAAGGCAAGAUGGCGAAGCAGCAGCAACAGCCCUACAGUGGUCCGUUCGCAAAUUACAGCUCCAUCUCCUCAGCAACGACAUCCGCGUACCCAUCACCCCAUCAGUCCGUCACAGACCUGACGGAGGCCUCGACCCCGAACUUCGCACCGCCCUUCCGCACGGGCUCUGCCAUGGGCUCAGCGCGCCCUCCCUCCCGUAAUCACAUCCAAAUAAACAGAGCCGCGUCCGCAAUGGACCACGUACGUCCACCUUUCCAGCGUGGUGGUUCGCCUAUCGCUCGUGUUGCGUCCGCGAACGCAGCCACCUUUGCUGAUGCAGGGCCAUACGGACAGGCACGGAGCCCGUACGGAAACGGUUAUGCUCCCGCGCCUUCAUCACAUCUUAAGGCCGAGGGCAGUUAUUCCCAUGGUGACGUGUCAGGAGGCAACUCCUCACACUCAAAACCGCCGAGCACUGGCUCGUGGUGGGGCACAUCGGAGUCGGACGCAUCGACCCCGACCGCAACGUCUUUCGUGACCCUGGACGACCAACCGUCUUCCUCAACUUCCGCAUCUGGAUUCCUCUCGCUCAUAGACUCCCCCAUGCAGUCUGCCACGCCGAGGCAGGAGACCUCUAUGUCCCGUCUAGCGCACAAUGAUGAUGAUGACGACGACGACCUUGGUCUGGGCAACUCGUCGUCGCGGACGAAGAACGCCCCCGAGAAGGAUGAUACCGCUGCGACCAAUGGAGCUCCGGCCAAAGUAGAAGAAAAGCGCAAGUCCGAACCCGAGAAGCCAGAUCUCAAGCAGACCGCAUCAGGCGGCUGGCUCAGUCGUAUCUGGGGAGGCAAGCGCGAUAGCUCUUCACCUGGACCCGUCAAGGCAAACCUUGGCGAGCAGUCGUCGUUCUACUACGACAAGGAACUCAAGCGCUGGGUCAACAACACUGGUGGAGCUGAAGCCGCGAAGUCGUCACCGCCUCCCCCGCCUCCACGUGCGCAGACUGCGUCCCCUGGUAGACAGCUGGGCGCUGUGCCGCCGCCUUCGCCGCUCACUGUGCCGCCUCCGCCUCAACGACCGGCGACCACGCAGCCCAUGGAUCCCACCGCAGAGCCCCCUCGCCGGCCGCCGACACGCAUGCGCUCGAAUCUCGUCCCGAGCGAUGUAGCUGACGGGACGCCGCCGAUGCCGUCUUCGCCCCUUCCGACAUCAGGCACACCACCGCCUGGGGCUGGUCCUCCAACGGGUUCUCGCAGGGGUGCGCCCGGCAAGCGGAACGUGCGUAGCCGUUACGUCGACGUCUUCUCUCAGGAAGGAGGUGGAGCGUGA